AUGCGAGCGUUUGCCUUAGCAGGAAAUGACGGUGUUCUGAACAAUCCGCAUUACAUAAAUAACCCAGCCAACUUUCUCUUGAAAUGUAUUGCUAAUGAGCCUCAAUUCUUAUUAUUGUUGUUGUUGAUUCCUGCCCAAUCAGCUGUUCGUCAUUGUCAAUUGUCUGGGACGGAUUCCUGGUUCGAAGAUCGGCAGAUAGUUCGGAAAAUCGCCUUUAAUGUCACAAGUGCAAGGGAGACAGCUCCAGCUUUGGUUGGGGGUUUCGAGCUUAUCGAUCAAGCUUGCUUCAGUUUUGACUUUGACAAGCCGCCAUCAAACAAUUCGACUCACCGUGUUUAUCAGGUUUUUGACCUUUUUGAGUUUUACGAUAAAUUGGGUGGCGAGUUUGACGUGGUUUUGCAGCUGGAACCCCGUUAUGUGUGCAAAGUAGACCAAUUAAUAUAUCUGGUUGACGCGAUUAGUUACCAAGGAAACACCGGCUUUGUAGUGACGACUUGUAAAACACACGUCAAUAACAUGGCCAGCAGAACGCGCUCGCUGACCUUUUUGCUAGUGUUUAGUGUUGUGCUUUGUGUACGGGGCCAAAAAGUGGUCGAACUGGGAGAGGAAAACUGGUCGCAGAUCCUCAAGGGCGAAUGGAUGGUGGCUUUUUAUGCCCCUUGGUGUCCGGCCUGCAAAGCUCUGGAGCCCCGCUGGAGUCAGUUUGGACGGUCUGGACCUGCCCUAGGCAUUAAAAUUGGGGCUGUGGAUGUUACCACUUCUCCUGGUCUGAGUGGGAGGUUUAUGGUCACUGCCUUACCCACUAUAUUCCAUGUGCUGGAUGGCCAGUUUCGACAGUACAAAGGAGCCAGAGAUGAGGAUUCGUUCAGCUUGUUCAUCGAGGAUAGGAAGUGGGAACAGGUGGAGCCAAUUUCCAGCUGGAAAGCACCGGACUCUCUGCAAAUGAGCGUGAUUGCGGCCUUUUUCAGGCUCUCCCAAUCCCUCAGACAAAUCCACAACAAAUUCACUAACGAGUACGGCUUACCAACAGUCGCCUCCUACUUGGUUUUUGCCGUGGCCACAAUCAUUCUAGGCGCCUGUCUGGGGCUGAUCCUCGUUUGCGUUAUCGACCUUCUGUUUCCCCAAAAAGCAUCGAUUGGCAAGCGCGUUGAAGGCAAAAAGGAUAAAGACAGCGAUAAUGAGCUGAACGACGAAGACAUUAAGGACGAUCUGGUUGACCAGGACUCUGAAGCCGACAGUCCUUCGACCGAGUCGGAAGGCAGUCAGGCAGGCGAUAAGGCGACUGGCAAGGCCAGAAAACGCAAAGCCAAGCGACUGGAUAUGUGAUAAAUGAGUUGAUAAAUCCACUGUAGGUUAUUAUGGGGGAACUAAACUGUUUUUCGUAGUCGAGGCCUUCGCCAGGCCUUGGCCCAAGUAACUGUUUCACUGAUUAGCUUUUUAAGGUUGUGCGAGUAGCGAGUUUUUUUUUAAGUUGCUCCAUCGAGAAAUUGCCUGUAAAUAUUAACAAAGUUUCAAUAAAGUCUAGAGUUUUUAA